GAUGUUCUGCACACAAUAUGCCAAUCCAGUGGGCAAGUUCUUCGAAUUGUCAUAUUUAAGAAAAAUGGAGUCCAAGCUAUGGUUGAGUUCGACGGCGUGGAAUCAGCAGUAAGAGCAAAGGAGACUUUAAAUGGGGCUGAUAUUUAUUCCGGCUGCUGCACUUUGAAAAUAGAUUUCGCAAAGCCUGACAAAUUGAACGUGCAUAAGAAUGACACCGAGAGCUGGGACUACACAGUAUCAAUAAUGAAAGAGAACACAAAUGGACGUCCGCAGCCGUUAUUACAGGAACCCCAUUACGGGUCGAGGCCUCAACCGUACAUUCUUGUAGCGCCGUACCCGAAUGACCCACAACGAUACGAGGAUAUGUGCGGGGGAGGCACGGGUGGCCCCGGGUACGGGGAGCCGUUUGGCGGGGACGGCGGGUACCGCAAGCAGGGAGCCACCGUCGUUGCCCCCGUUGCUACCGAAUACCGAGACCAGCGCAAUUUCCCGCAGGCCGCCGUUCUUAUGGUAUACGGCCUGGAUCCUUUACGCACCAACGCCGACAAACUAUUCAACCUCAUGUGUCUAUAUGGAAACGUGGCCAGAAUAAAGUUUUUGAAGUCAAAAGAGGGUACAGCAAUGGUGCAAAUGGGUGACAGCGUUGCGGUUGAGAGAUGUGUCCAAUAUUUGAAUAACGUGAAUGUGGGACUAACGGGUGCCGCGCCGGUAUGUCAUAAUAAUUCGAAUCACGAGGAAAAGAAUGGAAGUCAACAUGAGCACAAGCUGCAACUGGCUUUCAGCAAACAACCGUACCUCAGUGAAGUGACCAACCCCUAUCCACUACCAGACAAAUCGCCAUCUUAUAAGGAGUACAUUUCCAAUAAGAACAACCGUUUUAUGAAUCCCGCGAUGGCUAGCAAAAAUCGCAUACAACCACCAAGCAAGAUUCUCCAUUUCUUUAACACACCUCCACAUGUAACUGAGGAAGAGCUGGUGCAGGUAUUCAGAGAUUACGAUGUGGUGCCGCCAAAGGCAGUAAAGCUGUUCCCGAUGAAAUCUGAAAGAUCCAGUUCGGGACUACUUGAGUUCGAAAAUACCACGGAAGCAGUUGCAGCGGUUAUGGCCUGCAAUCACGCGGCCAUCGAGAAUCCUGGUACAAAAUUCCCUUUUAUCAUGAAGCUGUGCUUCUCAUCAUCGCGCAGCAUGUCCAUCCGCAACGGGGAAAACAAUACGAAUGGUGCAACGGAUAGACGCAUGGAGCAAGAUCAGUAAAACAUAACAAACACGAAAAACAAAGGGAUGAUUACUUUUUGAAAAUGAAAAUCCAAUAAUACAUAUCCUCAAAUCACAUACUACACAUUCAUCACAACCUUUAAUUAAUUUAUAUAUGAAAAAAAAAUGGUAUAAGAUACCUCUGCAUCAUG